AUGACCUUGGCUUUGGGAACCCCUGAGCAUGGUGGGAGAGUCAAAGGUGUUGGAGCUGGGGUUUCCCCAACUCAAUUCUUCAAUUUGCCGAGACAGCAGAGAGUAAAAUUUGCUGACAAAUUGAAGGAAAGUGUUAUGGAAGCAGUGAGAGAGGAAACCAAAAAGAUGGAGACCAGGGCAAAGGAAAGUGUUAUGGAGGCAGUCCGAGUAGAGAGGGAAAUUUUGUUGAAACUAUUCAGUCAACUAAUUCUCAACUUUGAUCCCAACUUGCUCAGUAAAAAUCCAACUACACCAAUUACUCCAAUUCAUCCAAUUCCUCAAGAGCAAAGCCCAAAAAAUCCAAUGUCUGACAAAGCAAGCUGCUCUAAUGUGAGAGCCCUUGAAUUGGAUGAAGACAAUCCCACGAAUGAUGCUGAUGCUCAUGAAAACCGUCAAGAUGAAACGCUUGACAUGCCAGCUCCUCUAUUAGCCCUAUGCCAAUAUGUCAAGACCAAGUUGAAGCCUUCUAACGAGACCAUUAGAAUUCACAUGUCAGAGGAAAUGUUUGGCAUUGAUCAUGAUACCUGGCUCUUGAGGGAAGACAUUUUACAGUUUGCUUCCAUGGUUGAGAUUGGAUCCACAAUGAUUGGAGUAUACAUGAGGUACCCAUUUGACUAUUUCAAAAUGGCAAAUAUGGUAAACCUUGUUGGCCUCGUGGACCCUGGACAAGUCAGCUCUCAAUCUGGAACGUUAUCUCACCAUUCAAAACAUCUCUCAGAACGCCUGAAAAAUGCAGAUGGGGAUCAAUUUUACUUGGUGCCUUAUAAUCCAGGGGGUCAUUGGGUGUUAAUAAUUGUGAGACCAGCUAAGGAGACUGUCUAUUACAUGGAUUCAUUGCCAAACCGCUCUGUUGACAAGGACGUGAGAAAUAUAGUGAAUACGUAA